AGUGCACUUGAGAAAAACGUGCAUGUGGGAGGGAAAUUUACUGAGAAAUUCUUAUUGCUUUAACAAAUUGUAGAUGUUUUGAAAUGAACUUGUUUGAUACAGUGAGUUCCACCCUAGCCCAGUGGCAAUAGAUUUGAAACACUAUAAUCAAAUAAUGUACGAACUGCUAAAACAGUUUUGUAUAAAUGUCUGUACCUCACCCAGAGGCAUUGACAUAUUAUGUAAUCCUGUGCAUUAACUUCUUUGUGUGCAUUUACACACCCAGACGUCCAAAAGCAAGAGGGAUUAUCCACCAUGUAUACCUUUGAUCUGCUGUAGGAUAAUUUGGGUAAAGGUACGCAUAGAAACUGACAGUGUGGGCCAAUACAGGCACAGGCCUCAUCAUAAGACUACAUGAGGACUUUAUCGGUGAUUUUAUUGACGGUAUUUUAUGUAGAUAGUGCAGAUAAUAGGCUGAUGGACCGGGUCGGAGGGUACCCAAGUAAAGGUCUUUAUCUCAACAGAUGGGAGGAGUGGAUUGUGUGCUGAUCCUUCUACAUCCUGUCAUUUACUAAAUCCAUACUCAAGACUUGCGAGAAAAUUAGAGUGCAUGAUCAGAAUGUCUGAAGAAAUAAACACAUCACCGGCCACGGAUACCACAGUGACAGAACCUGCAUCCACCACCACUGAAACCACCACCGACAGCAAUGCACAAAAGAAACCAGUCAAAAAACUUCCCAUAGAUCCCAGGAAUGAUCCAUACAGAUUUAAAGGUGAGGGUGUGGUGUUUAAUGCCAAGCUGAUAGGGAUGAGUGAUGUAGCUGACGCUCGGGGAGACAAGAUGUGUCAAGAAACCAUACUGGCUCAGAAAAUCGCUGUCAAGUCCUCAGGUCAGCACAAGCAGAGAAUCAUCAUCAAUAUUUCAGAGGAGGGGAUCAAACUCAUCGACCUUAGAACAGCUACAUUACUGCACCAUCAUCCUGUCCACAAGAUCUCCUUCAUUUCCCGUGACGUAAGCGACAGACGAGCGUUCGGUUACAUAUUUGGGACAGAAGAGAGAACUCACAAAUUCUUUGGAAUCAAAACUGAAAAAGCGGCAGAGAAUGUAGUUUUAGCUCUGAGGGAUUUAUUCCAAGUUGUGUAUGAGAACAAGAAACGGGAAAUGGAUGCCGCCAAAAAACAACAGACAGAUGACAAGCCGAAGGAGGAAACCCCAACAAACGUUGUACAGCUGGGUGGAGAAUUAGCCACCGAGUCAUCCACUGACGAUGAGCCAGACUCAAAGUUUCCUCCCAACAAUGCCCUGGUACAGAAGGAAGCGACCGAUCUGUCUGCUCUACAGACUGAGUUAGUCAGCAUUGAACAGGGCAUACAGCAGAUAAACAAAAUGGAGUCCCUGUUUGACGACCUCCCUUCCCCCGCAACCUCAUCCGCAAGCGCCAGUACAUCCUCAGACCCAUGGGGAGGCUCCACUGCACCCACAGCAAACACUGACCAAAACAAGUCAGCAAGCUCUGACCUUGAUGAACUUAAUCUCUUCAGCAGUGAACCUGCCCCUGCUAAGAAAAAAGAUGAUAUCAUGAGUCUCUUUGGCCCAGGCGCUCAACCAGGGUUUGGUGGUCCACAACAACCAGGGUUUGGCGGUCCACAGCAACCAGGGUUUGGCGGUCCACAGCAACCAGGGUUUGGCGGUCCACAACAACCAGGCUUUGGCGGUCCACAACAACCAGGAUUUGGCGGUCCACAACCAGGAUUUGGCGGUCCACAACCAGGUUUUGGUGCAGCUCAACCACAGCAAGGUUUUGCAGCAUUUGGGCAACCAGCAACACCAUUCCCAUCAACACCUCAACCUAACCCAUUUGCUGCCCAACAAGGGGUAGGAUUUGCUCCACCAGUUCCACAGAGACAGCAAGCAUCACCUAACCCGUUUGGUGGCCAAGCACAACCAGCUGCACCUCAGCAACAGAAUUUCUCCCUGUUUGAUGAGCCUGUUUUGGCUCCAGUGAAGGUGGAAGAUCCCUUUGCUGCUCCAGUAACAACGGCAUCUCAACCGAAAGAUGCAUUUGCUGACCUCUGUAGCAUAGGGUCACCAGCAACAAAUAAGACUCCCAGAGACUUGUUCGCAGAGCGUAAUGCUCCUCCAAAAAAAUCUAUCAAUGAGAUGAUGAAAGUACCCACUCCAGCUGCACAGGCAAGUGAUCCAUUUGGAAAUGUUGAUGAAUCAAGUCUUCCCGCCGCUGUCGAUAUUUACUCUCCAUUUACAUGUAAAUCAUCUGACCCAUUUGACACCUCAUUCCUGAAGUCUUCCCCAGCUAUGCAUAUGCAACCCAACAGUGCUUUAAAUGUGUCUGCUUCCAGCAAAAUUACGGAGAAAUUGACUUUAAAUCAGAAUUACUUUGAGAAUUCUGAUGACUUUGAUUUGCCCUCACCACAAGGGCCACCUCCUCCAUUACCAAACGAUCCCCCUCCUCCUGCACCUCCCCCAAGGCCAAAUUCCUCUCCAGCUGGGAUCCAGCACUCCUCCCUUCCCAUUCCUCCCCCAAGAAACUCAGAAAAUGUGCCAAAAACUGUAUCGCUUUCAAAUUCACAUAACAUAAAUGGUAAUACUCCAGUUCCAAGGCCUCGACCAAGGACAAAUGUAACCUCAUCAAUACCAACACCACCACCCAGAAAUAAUUUUACUACACAGGAAGCACCGCCAAAAGAGCAAAGCACCAAAGACUUGCACUCUAAUUCUUUCAGCAGCUUUACAAUUGAGGAUCCGUUUACAACAAAUGACCCUUUUGCAGACAGCGAUCCUUUCAGUUCUGAAGGAUUUGAGUCAUCUGGUUUUGACUCUAUGAACAGUAGUGACCCAUUUGCAUCAUUUGCUAGUGCAGUGAAAGGCAAUUCCAACACUAAAAAUGGAGACUUUGUAAGUGAUUCAAGAGACGACCCCUUUGCAGUGUUUGAUAACUCAUUUGGAGACUCAUUUAAUUUCAAAGGUGGUAGUUUAAAGAAAAAGGGUCAUCGAAAAUCUAGCAGUGGUAAAAAUUUGCCUGUGGUAGAGCCGAAUGAUCCAUUCGGACUCUUGGUUGCAUCGAAACCAGUCCAAAAUGGCUCUGAACCAGUUUAUGCAACAGUGAACAAGACUAACUGAUGACAUGUGAUGGACAACUGGACAAUCUACAAAUACUGCUGGGGAACAUUACUAAUAUUUCAUGAUCAUAGUGCCUACAAGUACUCCAGGGAUGUGUCAUUUGGAAAAUUUGUAUGUUGCAUCUCGUCAAAGAUUUUGUUCCUUGUUUUGAUUUUUAAAACAGUACAUUAAAUUGUAGAUUUUAAAUAUUUUUGACUCGGUUGUUUGGAACAUUGUAGUAAUGCUUGUUUGUUUUUUAGUCAUGGCUUUAAGCAGAGAUGAUACAGAAAAUUUUAGGAAUCCGUACACAUAAUAUGAAAUAUUCAUGCAUUAAUUACUGUAGUCAGGAAUUCGAAUAUUUUAUGUUAGAUAUGCAAGGUUGGUGUUCUUUGUGAAAGAUAUUAUUUUAGAAAUACUUUAUUACAUUUUCCUUAGGGAAUAUUUUAAGUCUUCCUUAGUACAACUAGUUUUGAAAUACAACAUAGUGUUUGAGACUGAGAUUGAAACUGCUUGGAUUCGUUAAAUAUAUAUUCUGUUUCACUGAGGUAUAGAUUGAUAAACAAUUCAAACUAUUCAUGGAAUAGUUCAAGUCUUCCACUGCUAGUUUUGAAAUACAACACAUUUUUUGAGGCUGAGAUUGAAACUGCUGUGAUUCUUUGAAUCUUUCUUUACGACAGAUGUAUAGAUUUAUGUUUUAUUAAUUGAUAAUUCAUCAAUUACAUGUACAUCAUGAGCUAUAGUACGUGAUAUAAUAAGAAAUUUUACAAUUUUCAGUAUUUGAACUCGAUAUUUUUCUCACAUUUUAAACCAGUAGUGAUACCCGUGAUAUGAAUUUGGUCCAGAUGAUGGAAAUAUAAGCAAUUGGUUGUGGUUUUCAAAUUAUCAGUAUUUGAUUCACGUGGGUUUACAUGUAUUUCUUUAAAGUGCUUUUUAAAAAAUAAUUUCACAAUCAAAACAAAGCAUUUUCUACAAAACAAUCAUUUAUUUUUUUUGUCUUACCAUGUUCUGUAUUUCAUACAGUACCACCACAUAGAUUAACGUUAAUGAAAUACUCGUCAGUGCUGAAAAAAAGACGUAUUUGUUCAAGAAUAAAGUGCAAUAAUGUAGUAUUUAGGUCAUUUGAUAUAUAAUUAUUGUAUGCAAAUAUAGCUGUUUUUAUUUGUGGAUUUAUGCCAGGUUCUGUUGUGAGAGAGCUCGGAAAUUGAUUACUGUUACACGUUCUGUGCAAUAAUGAAAUUAUAAUAUAUAUUGUUGCUACUCAUUGAAAAGAAAGCACGCCUGUAGUACAAUAAAAAAUGUAUGAAAAAGAU